CCACUCUGACCAGACACUCUUAGCGCAGGCCUUGAGAGAAUUAAACGUGGUUCCCGCAGCACUCAGCAGUCCAGGACGUGUGGAUGCACUUUUACUUCAGAGAUGGUAAACACAGGGUUUCCUCUGGUGUGACCUCGCGUGUUUUCUUCCCGGCUGGCCCGCCUCUGCCUCCGCCUCCAGCUGCAGCGCACAGACUGUGCUCCGUCCAGAGCGCCACAGCUGCCCGAAGGAAAAGAUGGGAUCCGCAGGACACUUGAGCUCAGUGCUGCUGCUUGCAUUUCUGCUGGGGCUUCAUCACUCCUCAGGUUUCUGGAUCGUCAACGUUGUCUUUCCUCCCCCAGCCAAAUCUAAAGUACCCAGCAACAGCACUCCUCCACUUAUUAUCGUACCGGGGAACCUGGGGAACCGUCUGGAAGCCAAAAUAAACAAGCCGUCGCUGGUCCACUGGCUGUGCUACAAGAAAACUGAGAAAUGGUUCCCACUGUGGAUCGACCUCAACAUGUUCAUACCCAUAGGUGUGGACUGCUGGAUCGAUAACAUCAGACUCGCUUACAACACGACAACUCGGCAGUCUUCCAACUCACCCGGGGUGCAGGUGCGAGUGCCUGGAUUUGGGCAGACCUAUUCCAUUGAAUAUCUUGACUAUAACAGACUGGCUGGUUACUUUUACACCAUGGUGGAACAUCUGGUCAACGUGGGCUACAUCCGAAACGAGACCGUCCGCGGAGCACCGUAUGAUUGGAGAGUAGCUCCUAAUGAGAAUGCAGAGUACUUAGCAAAGCUGCAAAACCUGGUUGAGGAGAUGUACAACCAGUACCAGGAGCCUGUCUACCUGCUGGGACACAGCAUGGGAUGCCACUACGUCCUCUACUUCCUCAACCAGCAGCCUCAAGCCUGGAAGGACAAAUACAUCAGAGGCUUCAUUUCUCUAGGAGCGCCAUGGGGGGGUGCAGUAAAAGUACUCAGGGUCCUGGCUUCAGGAGUAAACGAUGGCCUCUCGAUGAUUUCGAACCUAAAGAUUCGGGAGGAGCAGAGGAUGGUAACCACCAAUGCGUGGAUGCUUCCUGUAGACGGCAUCUGGCCAAGUGACCACGUAUUCAUCUCCACGCCGACCUUUAACUACACUACAAAGGACUACCAACGGUUUUUCAAAGACAUUGAUAAUGAGGAGGGCUGGUAA